AUGGCGACAACAACUGGCAAAACAUCGGGUGUUAUAUGCAAAAAAUCAAAAAUUACUGUUAAAUGUAGUGGAUGUUCGAAAGAUUUUGGCCUUAAUCACAUCAGCGAACAUCGUAAUGAAUUGAGCCAACAAUUAGGUACAAUUGAAGAUCAAUUUAAUGAUUUAAAACUUGAAAUGGAUGAACAAAAAUCUAAUCCACAAAAACCUGAAUUAAUGAAACAAAUCGAUAAAUGGGAACGUGAGUCGAUCGAAAAAAUUCGACAAGUAGCAGAUGAAGUUCGUCGUGAACUAUCAUCAUACAUAGUCACAUUUGCUACCAAUCUCGAUUUUAAAUUGAAACAAUUGACACAAAAAAUUAUUCAAUGUCGUAAAGACAAUGAUUUUGCUGAUCAAGAAAUUCAGGUUUUCAAUGAAGAACUUAAAUGA